ACAAUUACUGGCAUACAUUAAAAAGGAUUAAAAAGAUCCCCUCAUUUUCACUUCCGGCGGAACUCCCUUCCUCUCUUCUAGUUCCACUUUUAGGGUUCGCAUUAUUCUUCAAAUCUGUAUGGUUGAAGAUGAGGAAAUAUACCGACAAUUCAAAUCUGUAUGGUUGAAGAUGAGGAAAUAUACCGACAAUGUAAGAGCAUACAAUCAAAUGGCGGAUCUUGUUCAAAAGUUAUACAUUGAGCUUCGUUCGACUUCGAAUAUGUCAAAGUUGCUUCCAUUCGCAAUGAUUUCGACACCUCUACUCGUCUCCUUACUCAGGCUCUAGUAGUGUGAUGCAAAUGUUGAUAAGGUGAGCGAGGCUAUAGCAUCUAUGGAUGUCGACGUGGGAGCAGCGAAAGAUUCUACUAAGGCGUUUGACUUCCAUAAGGCGUUGUUUGGUGAUUCUGAUGAUUUAGAGUAAAUGCUCUAGGAUAGUUCGGGGUAUUUUGUGCCCCUUUCAUUUGUGUAAUGUCUUUAGUUUAUUUCCGUUUUGUUGGUGUGUUUAUUCUUUUUGUUCGAACUCGCGAUGCAAGUGUUUGUUAUUUCAUAUUUCAAUAAAGCGUGUUUUUAGCAACGUUAUAUAUUCUUUGCAAAUUAUUUGGACCGAAUCCGUUUUUGGAUUGCAUACGUAUCCGCCCCAAGCCAACUUAGUUAACUUAGUUUAGAAUCAGCUCGCGCGUACUUCUAGUUAAGGAUCAAGAGAAAUAAAUCUGAAUGAGAAAAUAUUUGCAUUCGUGGAUUCCUUAGGUAGUUUUAAGUUUGCACGAGAAAAUCUAAACAGAUAUAUGAGAUUAUUGUUUUGGGAAAAUUCUACUUAGAGACGAACUUGCCUUGAUGAUGGUGCUAACAAUCGAUUGAGCAAGAUAAUUUAGAGUGACGAGAGUAAGUUGUAAAAGCAUGGAAUGAGAGUAUGAUUAUUACUGAAUAUUUCGUAUAUGUAAACUGAUCUAGCUAAGCCAUUUUAUAGGCAUUACAUAAUAAAAUGUAACGUACAAACAUAAAUGUACAUAAUUGGGCAUUAAAUAGGUAAUAAUGGCUUGCUUAGGAAUGGUUUGUAACCGCUACCUUUCCCUUUAACCGUUGAGAGCAAGAUGGAAGGGUGCUUUGUCACGCCUUGCCGGUUGCCACAUAUGCUCCACUUGGCAUGUCUGACCACGCCAUCAAGAGGGUAUUUUCCCCCCUAACAAUUGUCCCCAAAACCCAUUUUGAAUUUAUUCCGGGAAGUUCAAAAAAGGAGAAAUGGGUUUUCCUUGAUUACAAGAAAAGGGUGGAAAUUGCCCCUUGCUUCCCCCAAUGCUGACGGCGUUAGUGUAAUGAUGAUUCUUGGAGAGUUCAACCGCCCAUCCGCGUCCAUAAAUACGCCCGUCCGUUCAACCACUUUCACACACUUCUCCAUUCUCUCUCUCCUCAUUCCCGAAAAAAGCAACCGGUGCCUUUCUCUCUCUCUUCCUUAGGUAAUUACUCCUCUUCCAUAUUCUUCCAUUUUUCUUUCAAAUCCCUUUAUGUCUCAGAGGAUGGGAAUGAAAUCCACCCGCGCGAAGAACAAAAGGGUAGUGGUAGAGUGCGAUUUAGACGAAGGGCCGAAUUUUAGCCCUACCCACAUCCUGGAUAAGAAUAAUGUUCGGCCGGCCACUUGGGGAAAGCAAGACGUGGCGGCGCUGAGGAAGAAUGUGGCUUCCCUUCGUCGGUGGUGAUUCGGUUGCCGCAGCCCGACGAACGGGCCGAUUGGACAUCGGACGGUGGGUGUGCUUUUAUUAGUGCCCCUUCAAAAUUGGGUACACUAACCCUUUCACUCCGCUGGUGAGGGGAGUUUUGAAAACCCUGGCGGUGCCGCCGGCGCAAUUGAUGCCGCAAGUUUGGCGAGUAAUGCAUCUGGUUGACCAUCUGGCCGGUCAAUUGGACAUGGAACCCGGUUGAGGACCUGGUUUAUACUUACAAGGUCCAAAAUUAUGGGGCUGGUAGGUACUUGUUGCAUAUCAAGGAUGAUAGACAGGCUCACCUGGGUUCGGAUAAGUCGAACGACCGCGGGUGGAUGGGUCGAUUCUUUUUUGUGGAGUUGGCUAGUCUAGGGCUCGACUCCGACUUCUUGACGGGGGAAUGGAUGGCUAGAGGUAUAUUUUGUUGUUUUUGUGUUUCUUGGGCUUGUUGAUUUGACUUUGUCUCACAUGUUUGUUUUUGUUGGGGCAUCAGUCGACACUGUUGGAGUCGGUGCUAAGGCGGUGGAAAAGACUGCUGUACUUUUGGGGGUUCCUUUAAAGGACAGAGCUUUUUGUGGCAUCAAGUUCGAACGCGAGGAACUUUCUCAGGAAGAGGAAAACUCCGAGCCUGCAAAUAUGUCGACAUCAACAGGAACUGGUCCUUCGACACGCUCUGGAAAAGCUCCUUCUGCGGAUGCAUUGCUGAAGAAGAGGUUGGAGGCACUAGGGAGUGUGUCUCGGCCCAAGCCCGUCACUGUGGUGUCACCUCGGAGGCCGCUAAAGGCUUCCAACGAUUCUGUUGUGAUUGGGGAGAUGGGAACAUCUUUUGCUGCAGAGUUCAAGUUGCCGCCUCCAACUCGGAAGAGAAAGCUCACAGUUGAGUUCCCUGACGACUUCGGGUCGGCAGACGCUCCUCAACACCAGCUUUGGCUAGAAGUCGACCGCCUGUGGAUGCCGUCCAGCUGAGAGAGUCAAGAGAGCAUGUCACCAGUUGCUGCAACUGUUGAGAGCGUCUCGGAUGCUUGGAAGGUAUACCCCGCUUUAGCGCCUUAGCUUUUAUUAGAAUAUUCCGUCUUCAUGUCGUCAUAUAGUGAUUAAAGUGUCUUCUUUUUUCCUUCUUUUUCCUGUCAACAUAGGCCCUGCAAUCAGCUUUGGCUACUCGCCAUCAUGUCAUAAUUUUAGAAGAUCAGAUAGUAAACAUGAAAAAUGACAUGAAGAAAGCUAGGCAGGAGGUUGGUCGACUUGGUGGCGUGGCCAAGGAGGCAACGACCAAGGUUGAGAUGCUCUGAGAUUAUUGCGUUGAAUGCCGAGAAGGAGACGUUGGCUGCUGAGGUUGACGAGCUGAAGACGUCUCUUUCCAAAGUCAAGGCGAGGACUUUCGAGUGUGCUGGCUAUUACACUUGGAAAAUGAAGGCUGAGAUGAUGGAAGACUUCAAGGCGGGCAGACAUGUGAACUUGACUCCAGAGGAGGAUAUUGCCCGGUUCAACGCUGCAUUCCCCGAGGAGUAUGUCUCCCAUGGUGUCGUUAGCGAUGAAGAGGACGUUGAGGAGGGUGCAACAACAACUAGCCCCAAUGCCGAGACAGUGGCGGCACCAGGCGAUGGCGAACAAGGGGAGAAUGCAGGUCCAGCAGAUCCUCAGGGGUAGCUCUGUCACCCCUCCCUAAAAAAAGUUAACAUUUUAAUGGUUACUGGUGUUUUUAAACAAUGGUUUUUGUGGUUGGCCUUUGAAGAGGUUAAAAAAUAUUGUGGCAGUGUUUCGUCUUAAUGGCGGCAACCUUUUGUGUGUGUUUUGGGCUUGUCCAAGGGGGCAAGUCAUGUAAAUAUUUGUGGACUUUUUAAUUCUAAGUAUGGUUUGUGUGAA